AUGAUGAGCCAUUUUCAGCUAUUGAAUGAGAAUAAAUGUGCCCCACCAGUCGCCGUAUUUUUUACAUGUAUGGAUGCUCGAAUUGAUCCUUUGAAUUUGACUCAUACACAAGCUGGUGACAUGUAUAUUGUUCGAAAUGCGGGCAACAUGGUACCAAAUUCACUCACUUUUGGAUUGUGUGGCCAAGAAAUCUUAGCGGAAACUGAACCAGCUGCAUUAGAUUUAACGCUGAAUCGAAGCAAAAUAAAACAUGCAGUGGUGUGCGGUCAUUCUGAUUGUAAAGCCAUGAAAUUACUUCGAAAUAUAUAUGAAAAUCCGCAUGAAUUUGAUUUAUCAAGUCCUUUGCAUCAGUGGGUUCGCAAACGCGGUUAUCGAAGUGUUGACAAGUUGCAAGAACGAUUGAAAAAAGGCAAUUCCAAGAUCGUUUUUGCUUCCAACGAUAAUGUUUUCAGUUUUCGAGCAUUAAUCGAUCCAGAGAAUACUUUAAAUAUUGUCGAUAUAUUGUCGCAAAUCAACACUCUACAGCAAGUCGAAAAUAUAACGUCGCAUGGGUUUCUAAAAGAUUUAAUAGCAAAGAAUCAAAUACAUUUGCAUGCUUUAUGGUUGGACAUAACGAAUGCUGAUAUAUACUUAUUCUCCAAAAAGCAUGAGCGCUUCAUAAUCAUUGAUGAGAAAACCGUAAACGAUUUAUUAAAAGAAGUUAUGGACGAUUGA